CCGAGGACCGAGUUUGAGAAACUGAUAUAAGCCUAUUAGAGAUGGGAUGAGUCAGGAUAGGAUUCAUUUCGAAAUGAUUAGAUUUAUUUAGUUUAUUAGAUAUGUUUUUCAUUUCAUUCUAGUGAUUUUGAAGUAAGGCGCCUAUGGAGUUGAGGUUUGAAUGAGCAGAAUUGCCGUAUGACUGAUGCACUUUAAUCACAGUUUGAUCCUGGGACAUCCCGGUCCUUUAUCAUAUUGAAAUCUAAAAAAAAAAAGAAAAAGGCUACAUUUGUGUCUUUCGGUGAUCUAUUAACUGGUAAAUGCUAUUUUAUAACUUAAUUGUAGUGAUUCAUUGACACCGCAGUAACGUACAGAUAGCCGAAGAGAGCGCUUGACUAGCAGGAAAAGCUUCUCCCUUUUUGAAUACCGUCCAGACGCCUUGUAAUUUGAGCCCCCCGUCCAGUGCACGCUCGAUAUCUUUAGCUGGAGUCCGGAACUUAAUCUUAACAAAUUUACCAUGUCAACUGACGGUGGGGAAAAACUCCGAUCUGUGGAUUUUGAGAUAUACGGGCACGUUCAAGGUGUCUGUUUCAGAAUGUACUCCGAGGAGAAGGGGCGCAGGCUGGGCGUGUGCGGCUGGGUGAAGAACACCUCCAAGGGCACCGUGAUGGGGCAGGUGCAGGGCCCCCCCGACCUAGUGAAUGAAAUGAAGAUUUGGCUGAGUAAAGAAGGGAGUCCCGGCUGUCGCAUCUCCCGAGCCGUCUUCUCCAACGAGAGGGACAUCCCCAAGCUGGAGAUCAAGGGCUUCAGCACACGCUACUAGGCUCCGCCCCUGUCUCGCCUGCCCAGCCCCCCACCUGCUCGUGCGACACACCACAAGGUUACUUCGCGGGUGUCCCUUUGACUCUUGCCAACUGGCGACGGAGCGGCUUGUCCUCGCUGCCUGCCAUGCUUUCUGGAAAGGUCUGCUGCCAACCUCCACGACGCCCUCCCCCCCCCCCCCCCCCCCCCCGGAAGGGAACCAGGUGUUAAAACAACACUGCUUCACCUUCCUCUGUGUAUGGGCUUGAGAAAUCCUAGAGUAGAGUUCCAGGAACAUAAAUUAAAGAUGUUUUUAAUGGGA